AUGGCUGUGUCCUGGAGGAGCUGGCUGGACAACGAAGGGGUUAAACACCUCUGCCUGCUGAUCUGGCUGGCCCUGAACGUCCUGCUUUUCUGGAAAACCUUCCUGCAGUACAACCAAGGGCCAGAGUACCACUACCUCCACCAGAUGUUGGGGCUAGGAUUGUGUCUAAGCAGAGCCUCCGCAUCUGUUCUUAACCUCAACUGCAGCCUCAUCCUGUUACCCAUGUGCCGGACACUCCUGGCUUACCUUCGAGGAUCCCAGAAGGUUCCAAGCAGGAGAACCAGAAGGUUGUUGGAUAAAAGCAGAACAUUCCAUAUCAUCUGUGGUGUUACUAUCUGUAUUUUCUCAGGUGUGCACGUGGCUGCCCACCUGGUGAAUGUCCUCAGUUUCUCAGAGAACUACCGCGAGGAUUUCCUUGAACUGAAUGUAGCAAGAUACCGAGACGAGGAUCCUAGAAAACUUCUCUUCACAAGUGUUCCUGGCCUGACAGGCGUCUUAAUGGUAUUGGUGCUGUUCCUGAUGAUUACAGCUUCUACGUACGCUAUCCGAGUUUCUAACUAUGAUAUCUUCUGGUACACUCAUAAUCUCUUCUUUGUCUUCUACAUGCUGCUGAUGUUGCAUGUGUCAGGAGGAUUGUUGAAGUAUCAAACCAAUAUAGAUACCCACCCUCCAGGCUGCAUCAAUCUUAAUGGAACCCGCUACCGGAAUACUCACUUACCUGAAAAUCUCUCAGAAUAUUUUCAUGAAUCUUUUCCUGGAGGGUUUUCAAAACCAGAUGAGGUUACCCAGAACACAUCUGUGAAGAUUUGUCAGGAAGAACCCAGGUUUCAAGCUAACUUUCCACAGACUUGGCUUUGGAUUUCUGGACCUUUGUGCCUGUAUUGUGCUGAAAGGCUUUACAGGUGCAUCCGGAGUAAUAAGCCAGUCACCAUCAUCUCUGUCAUCAGUCACCCCUCAGAUGUCAUGGAAAUUCGAAUGGUCAAAGAAAAUUUUAAAGCAAGACCUGGCCAGUAUAUUACUCUACAUUGCCCCAGUGUGUCUGCAUUAGAAAACCAUCCAUUUACCCUCACAAUGUGUCCUACUGAAACCAAAGCAACAUUUGGGGUCCAUCUUAAAAUAGUAGGAGACUGGACAGAACGAUUUCGAGAUUUACUACUUCCUCCAUCUAGUCAAGACUCUGAGAUUCUGCCCUUCAUUCAGUCUAGAAAAUAUCCCAAGCUAUAUAUUGACGGUCCAUUUGGAAGUCCAUUUGAAGAAUCAUUGAACUAUGAGGUUAGCCUCUGCGUGGCUGGAGGCAUUGGAGUAACUCCAUUUGCGUCAAUACUCAACACCUUGCUGGAUGACUGGAAACCUUACAAGCUUAGAAGACUGUAUUUUAUUUGGGUGUGCAGAGACAUCCAGUCCUUCCGUUGGUUUGCAGACUUACUCUGUGUGUUACAUGAUAAGCUUUGGCAAGAGAACAGACCUGACUAUGUCAACAUCCAGCUGCACCUCAGUCAAACAGAUGGGAUGCAGAAAAUAAUUGGAGAAAAAUAUCAAGCACUGAAUUCAAGACUUUAUAUUGGACGUCCUCAGUGGAAACUUCUGUUUGAUGAAAUAGCAAAAUGUAACAGAGGGAAAACAGUCGGCGUGUUUUGCUGUGGACCCCGAUCAAUUUCUAAGACUCUCCGUAAACUGAGUAACCAAAACAACUCUUAUGGGACAAGAUUUGAAUACAAUAAAGAAUCUUUCAGCUGA